UCACCCCGUGUGGGAUGGCAGCAGGACCCAGGACCACUGGGUCCCCGAGGUCAGGAUGAGCUGUCACUGCGUAACCAGGGCUGCCCUGGGCUGCUCUUUGGGGCACAGAGAAUGUGAGGAGGCCUCCAGCACAGCUGAACACUUAACCUUUUUCUCCCACCACUGGGAGGGCCAGUCUUCCCUAGGGUGGGCAGACAGUCUUCUCUCCUGCCCGAGAGCCUCCCCUUAACCCAAGGGCUGCUUGUGUAGAUCUGUCUGAGGAACCCUGAGGACAGAAGACCCCACAGUGGUCUCUGCACUGCCCUCUCCCUGUAACAGCCUGGGCACUUCUGCCAGCCACUCUCCAGAAAGCUCCCGAGUUUAUGCCUCUGGGUGCUCUGCUUCCUGCUUCAGCCCUCCAGUCAUCCUGUGCUGUCACCUGUCACCAUUCUGAAUUCAAGCUGGUGGCCAGGUGACCAAAGACAGGCCAGGGACAGGUGUAGGGUGUAGCCGGUCUUUAACCCCAGCACUCUGGAGGCAGAGGUAGGCAGAUCUCUGAGUUGGAGGUCAUCCUGAUCUACAUCCGGAGACUAUCUCAAAAAAACAAAAAGGUCCAACAGGUCACUUUCUCAUUCUCCGCCCCACCCCCGCCCAAGCUGGGAAACAGUGGUGGCUCAUGGGAGACAGGCCUUGGGCUAGGAUGCUGUCCCUGUGAAGACAGUCUUUAUCACCUGGCUCACGGGAGAGCAGGCCCUAUCUGAGGUUGACACUACCCUGGCAGGAUGGAGACCACAGGGUGAGGCCCCAGACUUGCAUUCCACCCCUGUACACCUUGCAGGUCUGCCCACCAGGGUCAGCCUCCCUGGUCUGUGUUCCGCACUGCCAGAAUGGAAGAGGCCGUCCUUACCUUUGUCAGCCUAGGUCUGAGCUUUGGGCCCUUGGCCCCAUGCUACCUGGCCUAGUUAAGGUUACUAAGUACUGUGAUGGGACACCAUGGCCAAAGCAACUUGAGGAGGAAGGGGUUUAUUUGGCUCACACUUCCACAGCACUGUUCAUCGAAGGACAUCAGGGCAGGAGUCUGGAGGCAGAGCUGAUGCGGAGGCCAUGGAGGGCUGAAGCUUACUGCUUUGCUCCAUAUGGCUUGCUCAGCCCACUUUCCUAUAGAACCCAGGACCACCAGCCCAGGGAUGGUACUACCCACCCUGGGCUGGGCCUUCCCCAUCCAUCACUAAUUAAGAAAAUGCCCUACAGCCAGAUCUUACGGAGGCAUCUUCUCAAUUGAGGCUUCCUCGUCUCAAGUUGACAUAAAACUAACCAGCACACUGUCCCGCCCUUUCCCCAGAGCUGAGCAGAGCUGCCCUGCAGCUGGGCAAAUGAGGACAUCACUGGUCACUCCUGCCCCGGGGUUUGGCUCCUGCCCUCGUGGCAGACACUGAAAAUCACAGGCUGUGAGAUCUGGAGCCCAGUUCGUCCCAACCCUAUUUUAGACCGCUGCACCAUCUCUAGGGUACUCAUAGGGCCCAGCCAGUGCUCCAGCUGAGGCCCAGGAAGAGAACAGAGACCAGGGAGGUGGGGCACCCUGGGGGGAAGAGGCCUAGGGCAGUCUCAGUCUGGCAACCCCUGAUUGUGGCCCACAUCCACUCCCAGGGCCUUGCCCAGGCAGCUGCAGCCCUCAACCACAGCAUCCUUUGGGUUUGACCUACUGAGCCAGGGCACAUGACCCCCAAUUAGUCCUGGCAGCAUCCCCUGCCCCGCCUGCUCUCACGGGCACAGGCCGUGGAUAUAAAUGGUGCUGGAGGCUGAAGUGCUCAGAGCAGUGAAGUCCCGUACAGCAUCCUGGUGCAGAACUGGCAGACGCCAUGAGGACCCUCUCUCUGCUCACUCUCCUGGCCCUGGCUGCAUUCUGCCUCUCUGGCCCAGCAGAUGCAAAGCCCAGUGGCUCCGAGUCUGACAAAGCCUUCGUGUCCAAGCAAGAGGGCAGUAAGGUAGUGAACAGACUCCGCCGCUACCUGGGCCAUGGGCUUGGAGCCCCAGCCCCAUACCCAGAUCCUCUGGAGCCCAAGAGGGAGGUGUGCGAGCUCAACCCCAAUUGUGAUGAGCUAGCGGACCACAUCGGCUUCCAGGACGCCUACAACCGCUUCUACGGUACCACUGCUUAGGGCACGUGUUGCCCUGGGCCACACGGCAGCCUCAGCCUCAGCCUGGCUACUCUCCAGGACUCGACUCUCCCUGUUCCCUCUCCCUGUCCUGGGUGGCACACAGCUGCUCCAAAAUAAAGUCCAGAGGAGGAAGUA